AUGUUCUCCAAGUUCACCUCCAUCCUGCAGCACGCCGUGGAGGCGCUCGCACCUUCCCUUCCAUUACAAGAAGAUUUUGUUUACCACUGGAAAGCAAUCACACAUUACUACAUAGAGACCUCAGAUGACAAAGCUCCUGUGACUGAUACCAACAUUCCCUCUCACCUGGAGCAGAUGUUGGAUAUUCUAGUUCAAGAAGAAAAUGAGAGGGAAUCAGGCGAAACAGGACCAUGUAUGGAAUACUUGCUACAUCACAAGAUUUUGGAGACACUCUACACACUAGGAAAAGCUGAUUGUCCUCCAGGAAUGAAACAGCAAGUUCUCGCUUUUUAUACCAAACUUCUUGGAAGAAUACAGCAACCUCUUCUUCCCCACAUAAAUGUACAUAGGCCAGUGCAGAAACUAAUCAGGCUGUGUGGUGAGGUUCUGGCAACACCAACAGAAAAUGAAGAAAUUCAGUUUCUCUGUAUAGUAUGUGCAAAGCUGAAACAGGAUCCGUACCUGGUCAACUUCUUCCUUGAGAAUAAGUUAAAAGCAAUGGCUCUCCAAGGAUCAGCAAGUGUAAUCACAGAAGACAUGAUGAAGGACCAGGAGUCCAUGACAACAGACACAGGGCAGCCUGAGGAAAUGCCUGGUGCUGCUGGGGCUGAGCACAUGGAGAAGGAAGAUGAGUUCCCACAGCAGGCAGAGGAGCUCUCUUUCAGUCUGGAUGAACUCAAUGUCACAUCAUCACCUGAGUCCUCCACUACUUGUCCAAAUCAAGACUAUAAUUUAGUGAAUUCUCUACUAAACCUCACUAAAAGUCCUGACGGCCGGAUAGCAGUGAAGGCCUGUGAAGGUCUCAUGCUUUUGGUGAGUUUGCCAGAGCCAGCAGCUGCCAAGUGCCUGACUCAAAGCACUUGUUUAUGUGAAUUGUUGACAGACAGGCUGGCCACCCUCUACAAAGCCUUGCCUCAGUCACUGGAUCCCUUAGACAUUGAAACAGUGGAGGCAAUUAACUGGGGCUUGGAUUCCUAUAGCCACAAAGAAGAUGCAUCUGCUUUUCCAGGGAAAAGAGCAUUGAUUUCGUUUCUUUCUUGGUUUGACUACUGUGAUCAACUCAUCAAAGAAGCACAAAAGAUGACUGCUGUUGCUAUGGCAAAAGCUGUGCGGGAACGAUUCUUCAUUGAUGUUAUGGAACCUCAGCUGAUGCAAACUUCAGAGAUUGGAAUCCUCACGUCAACUGCGCUAUUGCACCGCAUUGUUCGUCAGGUGACUUCGGAUGUCCUGCUGCAGGAGCUGGUGUAUUUUAUACUUGGAGAGCACAGAGAGCCAGAAACACUGGCAGACAUCAACAGGCAUCCAUUGCGACACAGGCUGAUCGAGCACUGUGAUCACAUUUCUGAUGAGAUCAGCAUAAUGACUUUACGAAUGUUUGAGCACCUUUUGCAAAAACCCAAUGAGCACAUUCUUUAUAAUUUGGUUCUGAGAAAUUUGGAAGAAAGAAACUACAUGGAAUACAAGCCUCCCUGUCAAGAAGAUAAAGAUGUAGUAGAGAAUGGACAGAUUGCUGGAGCAGUAGAUCUGGAGGAAGAUCCAUUAUUUACUGAUCUGUCUCCAGAUAACACAUUGUCAGCUCAGGAGUGGCUCAGUGCUUCUCCACCUGUCAGUCCAGAACAUCCAAAAAAUGAUGGGAAGACUGAAGUUCAUAAAAUUGUAAAUAGUUUUCUCUGUCUUGUACCUGAUGAAGCAAAGUCAUCAUACCAUGUGGAGGGUACAGGUUAUGAUACUUACCUCAGAGAUGCCCACAGACAAUUCCGGGAUUAUUGUGUCAUUUGCUUACGGUGGGAGUGGCCUGGAUCUCCCAGAUCUUUGGAAAAGUGCAAUUUAGAAGCGUCAUUUUUUGAAGGACACUUCUUGAAAGUCCUGUUUGAAAGAAUGGGCAGGAUUCUUGAUCAGCCCUAUGAUGUAAAUUUACAAGUUACAUCAGUGUUGUCCAAACUGUCCCUGUUUCCCCAUCCUCAUAUACAUGAAUACCUUUUGGAUCCUUACGUCAACCUCGCCUCUGGCUGCAAGUCUCUCUUCUCUGUGAUUGUCAGGGUCGUCGGGGACCUCAUGGUUAGAAUCCAGCGCAUCCCAGAUUUCACUCCCAAACUUCUGCUGGUCAGAAAACGCCUGCUGGGCUUGGAGCCGGAGGGGCCCAUCAUUGACCACAUGACGUUACUAGAGGGCGUGAUUGUGCUGGAAGAGUUCUGCAAGGAGCUGGCGGCGAUCGCCUUCGUGAAGUACCACACCUCAGCCACGCCCUGAGCUGCCCCGGGCCGAGCCACCCCCGCUCCGGGCUGGGCUCAGCCGCAGGGACACCGCACCGACAGCGCCCGGGGACGCGGUGCUGCCUCCGGCAAAGUGCACGGCGUGUUUGGGAGACGAGUUCCUUUCGCCAGAUGUUGAGAGUGCAAAUGGACUUGGAAUAUGAGCGAAGAUAUUUGGGGAGAAACCAAUACGGGGCAUUUCUAGCCACAGUGUGAAGAGCUGCAAAAGUUGCGUGAAGAACCACAGACAUCAGACUUUGGUUAUUCUGAUGACAAUGUUUAAAGAGUUUGGGCUCUUGUAUGUCCUGGGGCUCACAUGCACCAAUUUGCUCUUUGUGACCAUAUUACUUUUAAGAAAGCAAAUUAAUUUUAUAACAUUUUAUGUCUUCUUUUCCUUUUCAGUUGGAUAGAUGAAAGAAAAACGCACCUGUAGUUGCAAUGUAUGUUGCUAAAAAUGAAGUUAAAAAAUCCACCAAUCCAUAUACAAUAGGAUAGGAUAAUGAGGGAUCAUUUUGCUUUUAGUAGAUCUUAAGUACAACUCUAAGCUUGAUUCCUCAGUGGUUGACACCAAGAAAUCUGUCAGUCUGAAAUCAGUACUAAAGAAAUUAAUCCUGAUUCGGCAUCACAUCCAUAGCAAAUAUAUCUGAAGUGUACAUGUUUGUAGCAUGUUUGUCUGUGUCAUUCCAAGUGAUUGAUCUCCAGGUCAUCCAUGUAGCUAGAUUUGCUUUAGCUUUUUACGUAGGAACUCUAGUUUGACUCAUGUCACCUUUACAUUAUAGCUUAAUUAUAGGUCAUCAGUAGUUGUUGCUGAAACAGCAUUUUUAAUUUCUUUUUAAUUGGUGUUAGUCUGAAUCCAUUUAAGAGUCUUUUGUGCCUUGAGAAUCGGCAGCAUAAACAUUCUGUUAUUUUGAGAGACAUUUUUAUUGCUUAUCUAACUAUCACAGUGAUGCCAACUCAGUUAAAGCAUUGAUACCUUAUUUAGGACCAAAAUUUGUACCUGCUUUUCACAGCGCUGGAUUGCAGGACUGCCUUUCAGUGACUCCUUUUCCAUGUGACUGCCAUCAGCCAGGGCAGGUGCUGGCACUGCAGGCAGGGGCCACUGCUCUGCUUUGCUUCUGCCCUCCAGAGGGUCCUCAGUGCCAGCACCAUGUGCACUGACAGGUGGCUGUGCUGGACCUUGCAGUCACACCCAGUGACUUGUCCUGCUCUCCACACUCGUGGAUAGGACUUCUUUCCUUUGAACAAGGCCAGGUAGAGCUCAACUCCUUCUGUUUACAUUGUCUUUCCUCAUUUGUCUUUCCUGCCCUCCUGUUUGCACAGCUAAUGCCCAUUUCAGAUGUCAUUGCUCAUAUACAAACAUGGACUAAUUUAUUCAGUCACUAGAAUUCUUCUGGAUUUACAUGACUGUACCUAGAAUCAGAUUCUGCUCUCUAUCCAUGCCUUUGAGGUCUUGCUUUUUAUAUUUAUGGAAGCUGGAUGUUAAGGGGCCUUUAAGUUAGCAGGUUAAUUAGAGCAGUGUCACAGUUAAUGGGCUAAAUUUAUUCUUGUCACCAGUGAAGAGCAUCCUGCUGUAAAAACUUCCAGUACAGGUUCAGCUGGAGAAAGCAGUUCUGGAACUGGGGAAACAUUUUGGCAGGUAAAACCUAUGUUCAGUGGCUUCCUGUACUGGGACACAUUUGCAAAAACUCUUGAAUUUCUCUGGCAAACAAAAGCAUGUUUUACUUCUUCACAGUUUUUGUUGUUGUUGUUGUUUUGGUUUUUUUUUUUUUUUUUUGGGUUUUGGUUUUUUUUUGUUUUGUUUUGUUUUUUGUUUUGUUUUGUUUUGCUUUGUUUUCUGCAUUUAGCUCCAGUGUUUUCAGAUCCAAAUAGCAUAGUAGGACAGAGUUUGAAAAAAUUACACUUACUUCAUUUUUCUUCUUUAGAAACAUACCUUGAAUGUAGCAAGUAAUUUUUAGUGAGCUGCAUUGCAGACAGUCCACAUUAGAAGCUUUCUUAAUACCUGACACAUGGUUUAGAAAUGUUGUUGUCUAUGCAGAGUGAUGUUUAAUACAUGCAUUUGUUAUUUAUGAGUCGCAAUUCAGCAAAACAGUUUAGCUUAAUUUCAAGUAUUUUUCCUUAAAUCACAGUCUUUUACAUGAACAAAGUUAAGCAGUUCAGCAGAAGUGCUGAUUCUUUACUGAAUUUGGGUUUUUGUUGGUUUUGCUUGAGCUUAAUUAUUUUUUCCUCAAAUCAUGUAUUUAUUUUUUUGAAGCAUAUGCUCCAGAAUACUUCUAAUGUCCCAGUUUCAAUGGAAACUGCAAGUAUAAUACUACUAUAAAAGUGAGCAAAAUGUUAAACAAAACUUGUAAGAGCAUUCCAAGUAAUAUAAGAAUUGAUAAAGCCAUUCAAGAGUUGCCUGAUCUCAAAUGAAAGCAUUAACAUCACUUCCUUUGUUUUUGUUUUCACUGGUACCCAAACUCACUGCACUGAAAGGCUGCGGCCUCUGGUGUUCUAAUGCAAAACACUGCAGAGCUGCAAACAGCCCCUGAAGCUUGUCCUUGAGAAAAAGAAGUAGAUGAAACUAUGAUCAGUCUUAAAUUCAGGCUAUGACUGUUCAUUCUCCAGUGACAUUGGUGAUGUUUUUUUGCAAACCAGAUGUUAUUUAGUUGAUACGUUUGUAAGACAUGGAUCCAUCCUCACACAAGUGAAGCAAUCCUUAAAGUUGCUUUAACCUAAACUGCUUUUGUGAGUGCUGCCUACAAACCCUUAAUUAGCAUACCUGAUGACAGUUACCUUUAUUUUUGUAAAAGUGAUUUAAUCUUUCUUAAGAGAUGGAACUCAUUAUUUUUGUGGUGAUAUUUUUCAUGCACUUUUUUUUAAUUAUUAGAAGUUAGUUCAGGUCCAUGUUUUCACCUUUUUGAUCUAUGCAUGUCAUUGAGGAGCCCAUUCUGUUUCUGUGUGCGUAUGUUUGUAUGUGGUUAUUUAUUACCCAGAGAGGGCCACCCAAGAAAAUACUUGGCCUGAAGAGUACAUGGCUUGUGCAGAUCCUCCAGAUGUCAGUGGCAAAGACAAGUGCUCAUCACCUUAGAGAAUGGAGCCACUGGUGUUAGAUUGAAAUACUUGAGAUGGGAUACUAGAAUAAUUUUUUUUAUUUCAAAAAGCAGAUCCAAACCACAUUCUAAUCCUGAUGCACACGUGUGUAAAUAGAAGAAUUGUUUUCAGUUUUUUUCAUUUAUAGUAUGUAUUUGAUUAAGACUCUGAUUUAGAAAAUUUUGUAAUAAGCCAUGUGCUAUCUCUGGUAGAACAAGUUUGUCCUUAGUUUCUCCUAUGACUGUAAUAUUCCUGGUAUUCAGAUUCUGUGUAAUGUUCUUACUCUAUAUUUGUCUGUGCAAUAUAAAAGCUGUGACUUGAUGCACAGCUUGAGUCUGGUUGUACAUCACCUGUGUAUAUAUAUACAUAUAUAUAUAUAUAAAAACGGACCAGAGUCCCGAGCUUGCUUACACUAUGAUUAGUGUAAAGAUUGCCACACUUCAUUUUACAGGGCACAAGUAAUCAUGGAAUGGCUUUGUAAAUGCAUGGUAAUUUCUACCAUAACCUGCUGUGCAAUCUCACAGAUGACAUUUUAUUAGUGCUCUUUGUCUUGCUAGAAGAAAUACUAACCUGAAGUACUUGGUAAGAUUAAAGGGUCCUGGAGUAGACCUGGGGCUACAUGGAAAAUCUAUAUUUGAUAUUGCAUAUCAUACAGGGUUUUCAAACCAUGUCCUCAAUGCUUUCUGUGCCCUGUAAAAUAGUGUAAUUAUAUAAAAUAUAUACUCCUUGACUUGCCUCCUGCCUUGUUUACA